GGCACGCUCGAGGAUUAGCGUUAUCAACUAGCUUAUCGUCAGAAGUGAAAAAAAGUUAUUCUGCCAUUUCCAGAACUUUUCCCCUACAUCAAUCAAUCACCUUCUCAACCUUACAACCUUUAAUCAACACUUUCCAAACCUUCAAAUGGCGAAGACCAAACCACGAAAUAAGAAAGACAACAAACGCGAAAAAGCUGCCGUCAAUCGCAGCUCCGCAAAAUCUACAAAAGCCUCUUCACCGCCCGCAAAUCCAAUGGAUUUAUUGCUAAAAGCAACGAAAUAUUUGCAAGAAGGCGAUAUUGAAGGCGCGGUUCCAUUUGCGAAAAAGGCAUUGGCAUUGGUGGAUGUACAGGCAAUUGAGGCACUCCCUGCAUUAAAUUUAUUAGGAGAAGUUCAUGUGGAAUUGGGAGAUGUCGAUUCAGCGAGACAAUAUUUUAUGCAAGCCGCCGGAAUAGAUGAGGAUGGAGAAGUUAGUGAAGAACUUGGAGGUGGAGCGGAGAAAUUCUUAUGGUUGGCACAGCUGAGUGAGGACGGUGGAGAGGAUAGUGUUGGAUGGUAUGAGAAGGGAGCUGUUAGUUUAAAAGUACAGAUUGGAGCUUUAUUGGAGAAGGUGGAGAAGAAUAAGUUAGAUGAUGCAGGACUUGCUAUUUUGGAGGAGAAGAGGAGGAAGUUGGCAGUGGCACUUUGUGGUGUUGUAGAGGUUUACAUGACGGACUUAUCAUGGGAAGAGGAUGCGGAACAGAAAUGCGAGGCGUUGGUCACAGAAGCUACGAUGGUCGCACCGAAUUAUCCUGAGCCAUGGCAGACAUUGGCAAAUGUUAGGAUAUCACAGACUAGGAUGGAAGAUGCGCAAGCGGCUCUGAAGAGGAGUUUAGAUCUGUGGAAAGAUUUACCUCCUGAGAAUGACGUCGUCCCGGAUUUCCCUACGAAAGUUAGUCUAGCAAGAUUAUUGAUGGAGGCGGAUAUGGAUAUAGAAGCCAUUGAAGUUCUGGAACGUCUAGUGGGAGAGGAUGAUACUAGUGUUGAAGUUUGGUACUUGGGUGGUUGGGGAUUAUACAUUAUGGGAGAGAAACAAAAGAAUGGGGAGAACGCACAGCAAGAGAGCAAUGGCGAUGGGGAAAGUUGGAAGGUCUCUUGGAUUUCAAGUCAACAGUGGCUAAAUCAUUGUCUUCGACUUUUUGAGCAACAAGAUUAUGAAGAUGAACGCCUUGGCGCGCACGCUAAGGAGCUUAUUUCCAUUUUAAAUACUGAAUUAGGAGAGGAAGCAGCCAACGCCGAAGCCGAACUUGAAGGGGAUGUGGAUGGGGAAGGUUGGGAGGACAGUGAUGAUGAUGAUGAAGAAAUGGCCGAAUCAUGAAAAUACACACUGUAGGUACAAGGGAUGAAAAGUUUUGGUUCUAAAAGGAUAAUGGAAUGUAUCGUGGCGUUUGUAUAGGAUGAGCGCAACGAAUGAACUGUUGCUGCGACGAUAGAUAAUGAAAAAAGUUAAGGU